AUUUAUAGGUCCCUUACCUAAUACCAUUAAUGAUUUUUGGAGAAUGAUAUGGCAAUUGAAUUCUACAAAAAUUGUAAUGUUAACGAAUCUCGUCGAGCAUGGAGAGAGAAAAGUUGAAAAAUAUUGGCCGGAAGAAACUGACAAGUACGGCAAUAUCACAGUGACUUUGAUUUCUCAACACGAAUUUCGGAAAAUACAUCAUGUUGUACGAACAUUUUCAGUAGAAAAGGAAGGUGAAAACACUACUCGAAUUAUACGUCACUUCCAUUACACUGGCUGGCCGGAUCUCAGUGUUCCCGUGGAUCGACUGUCAGUUGUCGCUCUUAUUCAGCAAACUCGGAAAUACAAACCGGACAGCAAAGUUCCGAUUGUUCUACACUGCAGUGCUGGAGUAGGAAGAACUGGAACUGUAAUCUUGACUGAUUCCAUGAUGCAAAAAGCAGAAGCUGAAGGAAUCGUUGAUUUUCCUGCAAAACUGGAUCAUAUGAGAGUACAAAGAGUUGAUGUUGUUGAAAAGAAGGAACAAUACGUUUUUGCUCAUCAAGCUGUAUAUGACUUCUUUGCUGGAAGUGAUGCUGAUGAUUAUUUGAGAAAUGUAAAUGAAGAAUACAAAAUAAUUGAUCAAUCCGCAACAGAUACUGAAUCCACAGAGGAAAACAUCUAUAGAUCUCCAAAAGGAUAACUGAAGAUCAAUACAGCUUGACAUUGGAAGAUCUUAAGAAAAUUUGUAAAGAAAAUCCUUUUUAUUAAUAAAGUGUUUUUCAAGAGA